CUCUACACAGACAAUAACACAGACGCUUUCUGUUAGCGUCUGGCCAACAAACGUGUCUCUUGUCUGCAGAGGGCAGAAACAGGAGGAAAAGGAGUGAGCUGCAGGGAGCCAGUGACAGUGAUAGACAGCUACAGUAGCCGGUCCAGACCCAGCUGCAGUAGCCGAUCCAGACCCAGCUGAGGUCGUGUGCGGGCGACCUGCUGCUCCCGUUGCUCAAUGGGUCGCUACCUCAGUGCAAACCUUGUGACUUAUCUGGGAGAGAAGAGGCUUAGAUGUUACUCUAAGAUAAGCACACUGAGAAGAAGCUGUCUGAGAUCUGUGAGGGCAAAGAGGAGCGUGAGCUCAGGAUCCAGUGGUCCGUUUGCAGACGUAGGAAGGAGAGUGACGCCUGAUGCUGUCCUGUGCUCACAGGCUGUGCGACUGUACUCCACCUCCAGCAGGAAUGCCUUCAAAACAGAGGCUCCCAUCGGCAUCAACCAAGAGCAGCAUCCCUCGUCCCUCCAGCUGAGUCUGCUGCGUCUUGGAGAGUCCUUUCAGCGUCUGUCCAAACACAUCAACUUCUAUUUCAGAAGCAGAGACCUGGCCGUAGCACCAAGUCUCGGGAACAGUGGUUUGGUUUACACCUUCCACGAACCUAAACAGCGAAGACAACAGAGGCGGGCCCACAGCCAGAGGACAGGCAAGGACAGGAGCCCUCUGGAGGACGGGAGGAGUACUGCGAGUCACCUGAGGUCUGUGGCGGUUCUCCACACGUCAGCAGGGCGUCACGAGGAGCAGAGCCCCUCCAGGCUGUCCACCGGGCUGCAGCUGUUCCACAUCAGCUCGCUCGCCACCAGGUUCGGGGAGAGCUACAACUACGUGGCCAAUCACAUCAACUCCGUCUUCACUAGAAGUCCCGCGCGAGAUCUUCACGCCCAGACAGCGGAGGACGAGUCGGCGUACAGGAGACAUGGUAGACGGAGGAAAACCCUUAAAGUCACCACUGAUGUGCGCCAGUCGCCAGUGAAUGACGUUGUUUCAGUUAGUGCCCAAACGGUGCAUGCCAAGGCUGCUGAGGUGGUUUCAGUUAGUGCCCAAACGGUGCAUGCCAAGGCGGCCGAGGUGCCCAGCUCUUGGGAGGAGGGGUACCUUCACUUUGCCCACCACAUCAACCGUUACUUUGGAGCCAAGGUGACAGACUCCGGCUCCGUUAGCGCAACACAAGCGAACAGCAGGUCUUACGCAGCGCCCAAACAGAGCCCUCCAGCACCGCAGCCCACAGCGCCAGGCCUCUUCCACCCGAGCAACACCACCACCAGCUUUGGGGCCAACCACGCUCACAUGGCCGACCACAUAAACCACUAUUUCACCGGCCAGUCGGGCUUUGAGGAUGACCUGGAGGGAGACUACACGGACCAAACAGUGUUGGCCGUCAGCAGCACUCGGACGGAGAAGCCAGCGUCCUUUCUGCGGUACAUUCUGCACUCCACCACUGCUAUACCAGAUAUGAUAAGUAGCUACUUGGGAGCUGGCUCCGAGAACCAGCAGACUCAGGCCCCCUCCAGAGAGGCACCAACAGCAACCAGGUCGCAGAGAGUGGUUCUGUGCCAGGAUCGAGCAGAGGAGAUGACAAGAGUCCUCCUGGGGAACCUGAGGAACGCCACUGCGCCGUCAUCCAUCAUUGCGUGCACAGAGGAGCUGAACAGACACCUUAUAGCGCACCCAGCAUGCAAGGCAACGAUGUGGCAGGAGAAGUUGGUGUUGCAGCUGUUGCGAUACAGACGGAACCACACUAGCGAUGUAAAGCUUCAGAGAGCCGUCAGGGAAACCAUGGCGCUGAUUGGCUACCUGGAUCCCGUCAGAGGACAGGGGGUGAGGAUGCUGUCCAUCGAUGGAGGCGGCACAAGGGGAGUUGUUCCGCUUGAAGCGUUGAAGUUGAUCGAGGCCCAGACGGGCAAGCGGAUCCACCAGCUGUUUGACUACAUCUGUGGAGUGAGCACGGGAGCCGUGCUGGCCUUCAUGAUCGGACUGGGCCGGUUCUCGCUGGACGAGUGUGAGGAGAUGUACCGGCGCUUUGGCUCGGACGUGUUCAAACAGAACCCCCUGGUGGGAACCGUGAAGAUGGGCUGGACUCACUCCUACUACAGCACCGAGACCUGGGAGUCAUUACUCAAGGAGAAGAUGGGGGAGCGAGUUCUGAUUAAAACUGCCAGGAGCGAGAUCUGUCCCAAAGUGUCUGCGGUGAGUGCGGUGGUGAACUGGGGCACCAGCCCGAAGGCCUUCAUCUUCAGGAACUACAACCACGCGCCCGGGCGCCUCAGCCGCUACCCCGGGGGCUCCUCCUACAGGCUGUGGGAGGCGGUGCGGGCCUCCUCCGCCGCCCCCGGAUACUUCCAGGAGUUCCCCCUGCACAGCGACAUCCACCAGGACGGCGGUUUGAUCCAGAAUAAUCCGUGUGCUCUGGCGGUGCAUGAGUGCCGUCUGCUGUGGCCCAAGCAGCCCUUCCAGUGCGUGCUGUCGCUAGGCACCGGGCGCCACGACAACACCCAGCGAGGGCCAGCCACCUCCACCAGCCUCCGGGCCAAACUCAACCACCUCAUAUACAGCGCCACGGAUACAGAGGGUGUCCAUACGCUGCUGGCUGACCUGCUCGAUGAGGACGUCUACUUCCGGUUCAACCCGAUGCUGAAGGCCGAGGUGUCGCUGGACGAGAGCCGUGCGGAGGUGCUGGACCAGCUGAAGUCGGACACGCUGGCGUACCUGGAGCGGAACCGGCUCAAACUUGACCUGCUGUGCAUGGUGCUGGGGGCCGAGCGCUCCGCACUGACCAGGAGCAGAGACUGGGUCAGCCAGAGGGUGUGGGAGCUGCAGCACCGCUGGGUCUGACCACACACACACACACACCCCCCAACACCGCUGGGUCUGACCA